CAGCUCCAGGGCCCCCGGCUGCGACAUGCCGUGCGACGUCUCGGCCCUUGGUUUUCCUUCCAAACUAAAGGGAAUUGUCACCAGAUGUCCACUAGAGCUGAGGCUGAAGAAGGUUAAUAGUGGAGUCAAGUGGAAGGCUGUUAUAUCCUACAAAAAGAAGAUAACUGAAUCUGAGGAUUCAACAUAUGAUUUGAAGAAAUUUGAAUUUAGAGAUCCUUCAUUAGUAGAAAAACAUGUUACAGAAGCGCAGAAUGAGCUGGCAGGUAGUGGGGUAGGAAUAUGUGAUGACCUUAUCACUUUAGAGGUCAUGUCACCAGAUGUGUGUGACCUCACACUGAUCGAUCUACCUGGAAUUGCAAGAGUCCCAGUAAAAGGACAACCCCAAGAUAUUGGAGAUCGGAUAAAAGAUCUGAUUAUGAAAUUUAUUGAGAAGCAAGAGACUAUAAACCUGGUGGUGGUCCCUUGUAACAUUGACAUUGCAACAACAGAGGCAUUAAAAAUGGCACAAGAAGUAGAUCCUAAGGGCAGAAGGACUGUCGCUAUUUUGACCAAGCCAGAUCUCAUAGACAAGGGAACAGAGGAGGACAUACUGAAAAUUGUCCACAACAAAGUGAUUCCUCUCCGCAAAGGUUACACCAUGGUGAAGUGUAGAGGACAACGGCAGAUCGAUGAGAACAUUCCUCUGGAGGAGGCGACACAAAUGGAGAGAGAUUUCUUCCAAAACCAUGACUAUUUCAGAGAUCUCUUGCAUGAGGAUAAAGCGACUAUUAAAUGUCUUGCUGUAAAGCUGACUCAGAAUCUUGUUGAUCAUAUCAAAAAAUCACUGCCAAAGCUCAAUCAGAGGAUUGAAGAAAGGUUGUGGGACGUGAAGAAUGAGCUUAAGGACUACGAGACUGGACCACCAGAAGAUCUUGAGGCAGCUAAACAGUUCCUCGUUGAAAUCCUAAAAAGAUUCGGUGAGCAAAUCGACUCCUUAUCAUCAGGGGAAGAUAUGAGUAAGGAAAACUUGUUCGUCCAGCUUCGGGCUCAAUUCAAGAAGUGGAAUGAUCAUCUUAACAGCACAAAAACAACCUUCAGCAAUUCAAAAGAGUUGAGCCAGACUAAGAGAGGGAGGCAACUGCUCGGAUUCAGUAACUACAAAUUGUUUGAGUCGCUUCUGCAAAAACAUGUGGCCAACCUUAAGAAGCCAGCCGUUGAAUUACUCAGUGCCAUCAAAGACAUCAUCAUCACACAUUUGACUGACGUGGUGAGUCAGUGUUUCAGGAACUACUCUGUCCUUCAAAAGAUAGCUAAGGACAAAAUCCACAACAUUCAGUUAACCCAGCAAAAAAAGACGGAGCAGAGGAUCUCAGAGCAGUUUGAAAUGGAAAACGUGGUCUACACUCAAGAUCCCACCUACUUAAAGUUCUUGAAUGAGAUUACGAAUGAGAAGUUUUCAGAAGAUCAGUUACCUGGCUUUGACAAAAAAUGCAAGUACAGUAAAAUGCUGGAGGCGUAUUAUGAGAUUGUGGUGCAGCGAAUGGCUGACCAACUGCCCAUGAUGAUCUUGUUUUUCAUGUUGAAGCAGACUGCUCAGCACCUGUCUACUGACAUGUUGACUUUACUGGAUGGGGCAAAUGUGAGAGAGCUCCUGUCCGAGGAGACUGAUGUCAGCAGAAAGCGCAAAGAACUACGAGAGCGCCGGGAUCGUUUGAGUGCUGCUCAGGGAGUACUUAACACUUUUUCUAUUAACUAGAGGGUAUUAUCUGAAAAUUCACAUAAUAUAUGUGUCAACUUCUAAACAAAAAAACAUUUUCCAUAAAUAAACCUAUAUACCGUUUUCUUCAGAAUAUUAAAAUAUACAUACAGAAACCCACAUUUUUUUUGUUACUCACAAAAUUGGCUAAAGCAGGGCCGACAAAAUUUGUUUUAAAUAGCUAAAUGCCUCAGUGCGUUAUCUACAAGUUGGUCUAACUUAAGAUUAUAGCUCUAACUUGACAUUUACUUAUUUUUUGGGCUCAUUUAAUUGUAAAAAAAAAAAUGCUAAUAAAAUAUAUAUUUCGAAUUUUUGAGGGCCAGAGAUGUAUGUAUAAGAUUGUGUACACUGAUGCUGCAACGGUCACCAGCACUCCACAUCAGACUAUCAUGAUUCCCUCACAACCACAUUUCCCAUAACUCAUUGCCUGGACAUAUCCCUAAUGGCACACACGUGUCUCAUUACUAAACCUAACGCAGGUGUUGAUCACCUUAGUAUUGUCUUAAUCUACAUCUCUUUCCCUUCACCCCCUCUUCCCCAUCUCUUCAUCUCCUAUGCCAAAAAUCGAUAUAACGUGAACAACUAUCAAACACAGUUUUCAAACAAAGUAUCAUACAAAUACAUGUUUGGUGUCAUUCGAAAUGUCUUUGCGACUGGUCUCAUCCCCACAGAAGUAAACCAAAAGAUGACAAAAGGCUUUAAUAGUUUAGAGAUAUGUCUGAGUAUGUUAAGAAAUAUUGUGAAGGGUUGGGGGUCAAAAUCCCUUGCCUCUUCAAUUUAAAUAUAUCCUUUUUCCUAACAAGAACUAAUCAAGUUAUGUAAUCAUUUCUAUAUACACUAAUCAAGUUAUAGAAUCAUUCCUAAAUGCAAUAAGUGAUUUUGUUGUAUACUUUUGUUGUAUGCCUUUCUGCUAGUAUCUUUCUAAAUGUAUGAUGGUGUCUGUGACUAAUCUUCUGUGGCCCUGGGCGAGGACCGUCAAUACAGGCUCUUUGUAUGUCUGAAGCUAAUAAACGAAUGAGGGUAAGCCUGAAGAAGACAAUAAUCUUGAUUGAUGUCAACACACUCCUAUAUCUAUUCAUAAGUGUAUAAUUGUUUAGACUUUAUGUUCUCUUAGCCAAUCAGAAGUGAAUCUUUAUGGAAUGUAUGCCCUUGGAAAUGGUAUAACUGGUGUACUAUUUUUGUGUAUGGUAGAGUUAGCUUGCGACCUCUUCGUGAGACUUUGACUCUGGCUCUACCAAUUUAACCGCAAACUAUACUAUUCAGUAAAUGUGACUUUUUUUGAUUGAAA